GUCAGGUGGUCACUGCGUUCGUAUGUUGUGAUUAAUUGCAACAGCAUCCAAUGAUGAUGUGGUUGUACAAUGUUCCGUUUGUGCGCUUAUCAUCGUGCUUUACAAUCGCAAGUAUCUACUGGUCAGAUUGCUACUCGUGAGUACCUCGAAAGUUUUGAGCCUCGUAGUCUUCGUCGUCUUAAGGUAUUUGACAGUACGCCACCCGAUGACAUACGUCGUGUAUACUUUGAGAGGUUGACAUCUAACUACUCAAACCCUCGUUCUAUAUUAAAGCUCUAUCGCAAUUACAUAUCUGUGGAUGACUACCCAUGUUAUUCUUGGCUUAUUAGAUGUUUAUGCCAAUUGGGUAAUUCAUUCUCGUUCAAUUCGUUUUGGUCUCCCUACGAUCGCCAGUCAUUAGUAUCACUUCCACUAUUCAAGUAUUUGAUAUAUGACAUAAUUGAACGUCGUCAUUAUUUACAUCCUCGUCAUGUACCUCGUGUAUUAUUUGCUUUAACAGCUCUGGAGUACAGAUGUUGGCAGUUAAUUCCCGAUCUAUUGGAUUUGGUCGAGCUACAUCUUGAGCAUUGGCGGUUGCCUGCUUUAUCAUGUCUUAUAUAUUGUUGCGUCCAUUUAGGUAUUCACAAUGCUAAAUCGGAUAAGCACAGUUCUAUAGUGGAUAUAUUGUUUAAUGAAGUUUUACGUAGGGAUCCUGCAGACUCCUCUAGUUUUGACUGGGCUCUUUUGUCCUAUUGCUUAGUUCUUACUAAUCGCUACGAAUGGCCAACGGCAAGUGAUUCAGCACUUCCCACCUUUUUGCAACGUGCUUGUUCGGGCCUAUCUUUAGAAACUCUACCAUUGAGUGGAUGGACGCAGUACAUCUUGUAUUUAACUCUGUAUUGCACCGAUGUAGAGUCUCCUCGCAAUGAAACUGAAAUUAAACAUAGUGUCCCUUAUGAGUUCCAGGAAUCGUUACAUAUUAGGUGGCUCAACGAGAUUCUUGUCCAUGCUCAACCUCAGGGCUCGGAACAACUCCAGCGUGACGUGGAGUCCGUUCUUGAGGGUUUAGGCAUUAAGGAGGGCCUAUUAAAUUGUUCAGUGGGCCGUGACGAUGAUGAGCAGCAUUGUUUAUUCGCUGGUCAUGUAUUUCCAAAUCGUCGUUUAUGUUUCGAAUAUAAUUACAUGAAGGCCAGACCUGACGGUGAGCCUGUUGAAAGUGGCGGCAUUUCAUUUCGUCGCCGCAUAUUCCGCAAAUGCGGUUAUAAUGUAGCAGUAAUUCACCGUGAUCAAUGGGAUGCAUUGUCACUUAACGACAAGGAGGAACAGCUACUCCGUAUAAUGUCAGCAUUUCCUCAGAUACCGAAUUUGGACUACGAUUCUACUCCUGGUCCUCGUGAAUUCACGGAGCAUGCUGGUAUUAAGCAUUUGAAGCAUCUGAGGCCGCAGAUAACUUCGUGGCCACCGGAGAAGAUAACGGUGUAAU